GAGAUGAAGUUGAGUUUUCGAUAUAAAUAAAAUGUAAAUAGAAUAUUCCGCGGUAUCGAAGCUGUAAAUGUUUGCCGCUGCGCAACAGGUUAUUAUUUAUUAGAUACAAGGCUACAAUUUAAAUCAAGCAACAUAACAUCCUAUUAAAUGGUGUUUUUUUAAUCAGUAGAUCACGGUAUCUCAACUAGUGACAAUGGAAUUAAGCAAAGAACAGAAAGAAUUAAUUGACCGAGUCGCAAAAGAAAAUGGUUUCAGUGAUUACCAAGUGAUUUCAAAUGCGGGAUCAUUUAAAGGUGACAAUUUUUUGGGAGUAAUAAGUACUAUUACAAUUAAAAAUGGUGAGAAAACAUUGGAUCUAAUUUUAAAAUCAGCACAUACAAACGAAGCUUUUAGAAAAGCUGCUCCACUACACGAAAUUUAUGGACGAGAAAUAUAUAUGUAUAACCGUGUUUUUGAGGAGUUUAAAAAGUUUGAAGAAGAACAUAAUAUUAAAGAUCGCUUUAUCAGCACGCCAAAAGCAUAUCUGUGUUCUUCAGAAAAUGGCCACGAAGCCCUUUUAAUGGAAAACCUAAAAUCACAAGGCUACAAACUUUGGAAUAAAAAAAAUGCUAUGAAUCCUGGUCACAUAAAAGCAGUUCUUAAAGAAUAUGCGAAAUUUCACGCUAUUUCUCUGGCUAUGAAAGACAAAUGUCCCGAAGAAUUUAGUAAACUGGCCUCCAAAGUUUAUGAGAACGUUUUUGAAGAAAAUCCAGAAUUUGGCAAUGAAGAAAAAUUACAACAAUUUGUAACAUCAGCGUUGGGCAACGGAUACGAAGCAGUAGCGGGUGAUUCGGAACUUACGCAAUGUGUAAAAAAUCUUGAAGGUAAAAUUAUUGAUAUUUUUACAAAAGAACUCAAAAAGGAAAAAUUUAAAUUGGUUAUCAGUCAUGGAGAUUGCUGGUGUAAUAACUUUUUAUUUAAAUAUGAGGAUCCUGAAAAUAUUGAAAAACCUUCAAGUCUUCGCAUAAUUGACUGGCAAAUAUCUUCAGUUACGUCUCCAGCAUAUGAUCUAAGUUACUUUUUCCUAGUUAACAGUCCCAAGGAAGUAUUUAAUGAUUACAAAACAUAUAUGAAGUUAUAUCAUGAUACUCUGUCUACACAACUCCAGAAUUUUGGUUGUGAUCCACAAAAGAUUUUUUCGUAUUCAAUGUUAGAAGAUCAUUUAAAAACUCUAUUACCGUUUGGUCUCUACAUGAGUUUCAUGAUCGUUAAAGUAAUGGUUUCUGAAUCCGACGAAGCUCCAGAUCUUGCAGAAAUUUCAGAAAAAGAUGGCGAUCUUAUAAACGGCAUGAAUUUUAGUGUUAAAAAUAUGGCUGAAUAUCAAAGGAGAAUAAAAGAUAUUAUUCUAUUUUUGAAAGAUAAUAACUAUGUAUAAAUAAAGUGGUCUAAGUUUUAAAUAAAUUGGUUAUUUUUAAUAAAAUUGGUUAUUUUUUGA